UACCGCCUCAGGAAAAGAAAGAAUGAGAAUGACGUUAGAGAGUCAAGAGCACCUGAUUGGCUCUGGCUGGCUAUGUACGCGCGUUAUGGCUCAGUCGCGUUACCGUAUAUUUCGCCCAGGAGCCCACGGCGAGAGCAAAAGCGAGAGCCUGGAGUCAAGACGGUCUCAGUUGACUUGGCAACUUGGCAACGGCAGCAGACUCUGAAAAGAUGGCGGCCAUCCGCCAUGCUGAAAAUGAGUUGAUAUUUUUGUAGAGUUAUAGCUCGUGCUGUACUCUAUUCUGGUUCUAGAGGAUUUGAAAACGUCCGCGAAAGGAUGAGGUGACAAGAUGCACGAGAAGAGGGGUAGUGUCACUUAUUACCAAUUUCAUUUGCCCCUCGAUCUUUCACAAGAUUUAAACAACAGAAAAGGAUCAGCUGAAAGAGUAGAGAGUCGCUGCAACUCCAGGAACACGGUUCAUUCCAGACCAUGCAGUCAACAAAGUCACAGCUGUGUAUCUAUCGACCAAGACACUCAUAAUCAGAAUUCACAGCAUAUUUUGGUGGGAUCUGCAUUACGACGACCCCAUGCAACUGAAUACUCACCACUAGAUUACCAGAGUAUGCCUGAUGUUGGCAAGUCUCCACGACAACCAUUUAGACCACAAUCCUCAUGUACAGUUUACAGUUAUGCCUCACGUCCUCUCACAGCAAGGGAACAGUCAUCACACCUUGGAAGACAUACUAAAUCCAGCUUGUUAAGAUGCAAAUCAGCUUCAUCCACCUCUUUGUGCUCACAUUCAUCAACUUCAACUUCUAAGUCAACCUAUUCUCACAAGUCAUCAUCAAGCAAAAAGCGUAUGUGUGAAAUACGUGAUGACUACAGAUUUUUUAAGAGUGGCCCAGUUCCUAAACAGAUACCUCCUCAUGGGGAAACGCUUCAUGGUUUUCUAACUGGAGCUCGAUACAACAGGGCCAGAUACUUAGAUUCUCGUGCGCUGUCUAAGUUAGGAGUCUAUAUUCCCAAGCCUGAUCUGAAUUCAUUCUUUAUCAGAGAUGAAUUUGAUGAUACGGAUGCGCGGAGCAUUUUGUCCGACUCAUCUGAAGAAGAAGAAGAAAUUGUGGAAGAGGAAAAUGGAAAGAACGAAAAAGAAGAGAAACAAUUCUUAUCACGUUCAGUUAACACAGACCCUCAUUACCUCAGCAUUGGACACUGGCAUUCAGCUGAAUGGAAAACAGACAGAAAACCGUGCAGAGAACCAAGAGCACAAUCAGCACCAGUGAAAAUUAAAGCCAUACAGGCUUACUAUUAUGACUAUGCCAAAACAUAGUCAUAUGCGGCACGGGCAUGUUUGUUGAUUUUGCUAUUUAGCAAAUACAUAUAUUACUUGCAAAAAAUUUCAAGUCGGACGCUUUGUAUCUCAUUUCGGACAACAAUUUCGGACACUGUAAUGAAACAGAGCUAAAGUAAAUUUACGCAGGCCUACAAAACUCGAAUUAGACUAAAACAACAUCAGUGAAAGUGAAAGUUUUACCGCAAACGAUGAGAAAAUAACACAAAUUCUAUCAAGCUGUUACGUAUGUCAAGCAGUGUGCAACUAGAGUUCGCUCCAUAAAGCCCGGCAUAAGGAAAAAUAAGAGCUUUGGAGCUACUUCGUAGUUUUAUACUGUGCUGUAACUACUUCGAACGCUUAAAAUUUAGGACGCAUAAAAAUUUCGGACUGUUUUAUUUUCGGACACUUUUUUGUCCGAAAUUAAAAUCGUCCGAAAUUUUUUGCAAGUAAUGUAAUGCAAACGUCAGAAUUGUUUGUUGUAGCUUUCAAGUUGUGUUGUUUAUUUAUCGAGGCUUGAUGUGCAUGAAGUCUUUUUGGUGCACUCGUGUAUAAGAAUAAUGUUCUUCCGGUCCAGGCUGAAUAUUCUUAGAUUAUAGCGUAUUGCAUUUCCGUUUUAGCUCGUUUUAUCUGUCCUGUCAGGACUUUGAUGGAGUUGAAGUAAUUUUGGAGCCAGAGUGCAGGCAACGAAGCGUGAUAUGACACAUAUAACUUCUUGCAGAAAUGUUAUUAGUAUAGGACAUACGGCUAAUGCUGUUUUUGUUGCUGUGUAUUCUUCGGUUAGUUUGGCCGUUUAGAGAAAGAAAUAAUUUUAUACGGUUAGUUAAAAACCUAUAAUUGUAUUGUAUUUACAAAUUUUCA